AUGGCCUCUUUCAAGGAAUUGUCUCUGUCCCGCCCUCUACCUCAAUCCCGCCACCAUUCCCACUCCAUUUCGCUCGGUGCCGUCAACGCCAACCACCGAAUCACUCGUCGAAAGAGUGUCACCACCGCUGCCGCCGCCAAUGCUGCCGCGGCGGCGGUCGCAGCUUCGAUGAAGGAUUCCUCAGGGGAACCGGUGGGCUUACCGGUGUCCUCGCACCGUCGUGGGAGUCGGAAGGGCUUGGAGUCUAGCUCGGUCGGAGCCCCCUCCGGCUUCGGCUCUUAUCUCUCGCGGAGCGUCAACAGCCCCAGUCAGGAACCUCCGGUCGCUCGCAAAUCCUCCCCCAACCAGCCCAACGAUGAAUCAUCGGCCACCGCCGUGGAUGGGAGCAACUCCGCUUCCAAGCCCGUCAGUACCAAGAACAGGAACCGUCGGGCCAGCGAGGGGUCGCAGUUGCCCAAAGGCGAUGGGAAGCGCGUGAUGGCGGAACUUCGCUGCGAACGUUGCGGGAAAGGGUAUAAGCAUGGCAGCUGCUUGUCCAAGCAUAUGUGGGAACACGACCCUGCAUGGGCUAUUACCUCGAAGCUCUUGAUCUCCAAGCACCAGCAAGUUCAAUUGCUGGAAGCUGCGUCGGUCCUGGUCACCAUGACAGAGGACCCGGCCCCAGAGGGCCCGGAUGCCGAUUCGGAGAUCUCCUCCACGUCGCCAGAUGCCUCGUCCGAGCUUCGGGAUGGACUCAGCUCGGUGGAGACGACUCCGCCACCCAUGGACGAGGACGAGGAUGAUUAUGAGUUGUCUCCCGAACCCUCGGACAAGCGGUACAGCGUCGGUAACUCGAUCGGCCACUUCGCCCACUCCUACCAGUCCGUCCCGUCGAGUUCAUUCACUAGCAGUGCGCCGUGGGCCUCGCCGGCAUUCUCGCACUUCCGCCAUUCGAGCAUCGACACCCGACCCUCCACGGCGGAGGCCAAGCUGCAAGACGACGAUGAGGCAGACCUGGCCGCGGCUAUUGGUCUCUGCAACUUCGGCACCCCUCGCACCGGUCCCGUACCCCUUUCGCCCAGCGUUCCCCCUGUGCCCCCUCUGCCGACUCGUUUCCUGGACCAGAAUGGCUCCGGUGGCAACCAGAGCCAGAGCCUAGGCCGGGAGGGUAUCAAGGAAACGGAUACGGACUUCGCCAACUCCACACCGAACAUCUUCUUCUCUCUUUCGUACAACCCAUCUCUGUCGUAUAAGGUAUCGGAUGAGCGAGAUGUGAAGAUGGGAGGUACCGACCGUACCACACGCCAAAAUCGCAACGCGGACGUUGACUUCGGGAAUCGCCCCGUCGCAGCCGAUGAUGACGACGACGGCGUCUUUGGUCGAAUGGAGGAGUAA